AUGAACCUAAACGAUCCAACAAAACAGGCGGAGAUUUAUCGAUAUUUGGAGAAUUUGAAAAAAGACGAAGAUGGUUGGAAAAAAUCAGUGCAAACAAUCGUCGCAAAUCAGGCAAAUAAUCCAGAAGAGGCAUUUCUUCUCCUACAAGUUUUGGAGGAUUUUUUGGGUAAACGAUAUUUGCAUGCAAAUCCAGCCGAUCAUCAAAUUAUUCGUAAUUUUUUCCUGCAUUAUAUCAAGGUAUUGAUUUCAAAAAUGUUCUUAAAAUUCAAAAAUCUGUUAUUUUUAGCAAUACCAAUCAAAUGCACAAGAACCCCCAGUGUAUUUGGUGAAUAAAAUGGCGCAUUUGUUUUCGAUGGCUUUUGCGGUGGAUUUUCCGGAUAAAUGGUCGACAUUUUUCAACGAUUUGUUCUUCUCGCAAAAUUUGAUGGAUCGAAAAAUUGUGUUUUUUUAUUUGAAAGUUUUGUUGGCUAUUGAUGCUGAAGUUGUUGAUCGAGAUAUUCAGAGAAGUAAAAUUGAGAGCGAUCGAAAUGUUAAAAUCAAAGAUGCGAUGAGGGACAUUUGUAUUAAUCAAAUUGCACAAAGUUGGCCAACUAUUAUGGUGAGAGGUUUUGUAAUUGAAAAAGCAUGAAAAAAAUAUUUAAUUCAUUUUCAUUUUCAAAAUUUACGCUAGUUGACGAAAUUUUCUAACAGAAUUAUAGCAUUCUGAACGAAUUUAAAUUACAUAUUCAUAUUUUUCGAGCAAGGUUUUAUUUUGGGUCUUAAUUCUUCUUCAUACGAUAGACAAUGAUAUCAAUUUUUAUGACUUUACCUUAGCCAUAAGUGGUUUAGUGAUGUAUUUAUUUCUCUAAAUCACUUAAGGGUAAGGUAAAGUCAUAAAAAUGUAUACCAUUCGAAGUGUCUUAUUCAUACGUCGCAAAGCCUCGUUUCAAAUCCACCAGUGCACACCCUUAUUUUUGAAAAUUUCUGGCAAAAGGGAUACCCCCUACCCCUUUUUCUUUUUCAUUUUCAACAUAGAAACUUGACAAUCUACAUUUUUCGAUAAACUUUGAGCUUCAUUUCGGCAAAUAUUCUCAUUUUCACCGCUUUUGAGUCAAAUUUUGAUUCAAAAACUUUAAUUUUUCUAAAACAAAAAAAUACGUUUCAAAAUUUUGAUAUAAUUUAUUUUCAAUUUUUUUCAAUGUUUUGUAUAUGAAAUAGUAAUUUCGAAAAUAGAUCAAAAUCAAAAUUCUCAAGAUUUGGAUGAACAUUUUGAAAUUAUCGAUUUUUGAAUCAAAAUUCGUGGAAAUUUUAAUCACUCCCAAUAAGUGUUAGAGUACAAAACUCAGAAAAAUUCUUCAAAAUGUUUUCUCAAGUGACAUUCCCUUCCAAAAACUGGGGUGAGUGUUAACCCCUCCUCGGGUCGAUUACCCCACGCAUGCGACGUAUGGUCUUAUUUUUAGCCAUAAGUGGCUUAUUGUAGAAAUUUCGCUAAAUCACUUAAGGGUAAGGUAAAGUCAUAAAAUUGAUAUCAUUCGAAUUGUCUUAGCCGAAAACCAAAAAUAUCGAUUCACUUCAUACGUCGCAUGCGUGGGGUAAUCGACCCGAGGAGGGGUUAUCACUCACCCCAGUUUUUGGAAGGGAAUGUCACUUGAGAAAACAUUUUGAAGAAUUUUUCUGAGUUUUGUACUCUAACACUUAUUGGGAGUGAUUAAAAUUUCCACGAAUUUUGAUUCAAAAAAUCGAUAAUUUCAAAAUGUUCAUCCAAAUUUUGAGAAUUUUGGUUUUGAAUCAAAACUUUUGAUCUAUUCUCGAAAUUACUAUUUCCUAUUCAAAACAUUCAAAAAAAUUGAAAAUAAAUUAUAUCAAAAUUUUGAAACGUAUUUUUUUGUUUUAGAAAAAUUAGAGUUUUUGAAUCAAAAUUUGACUCAAAAGCGGUGAAAAUGAGAAUAUUUGCCGAAAUGAAGCUCAAAGUUUAUCAAAAAAUGUAGAUUGUCAAGUUUAUAUGCUGAAAAUGAAAAAGGAAAAGGGGGAGGGGUUAUCCCUUUUGCCAGAAAUUUUCAAAAAUAAAGGUGUGCACUGGUGGAUUUGAAACGAGGCUUUGCGACGUAUGAUUCACUUGCACAAAAACUAUACUGAACCAUAAAACCUCCCUCUAAAAUCAUAAUUUUUAGCAAUCAAUCGAAGACGACGUGAUCCAAUGUCUUGUCCUCGACAAUAUAGCAUCCUACAUCGAUUGGAUAGAAUUGGACCUAAUCGCAAACGACACAGUAAUGGGUCUCGUCAUCCAUCGAUUAUCAAAACCAACAACUUCCGAAUCAGCAACCAAUGCGGUUUGUGGUCUAUUGCAAAAAGGAAUGCAUGCGGAUAAAAAAGUCGGGUUGGCAUUGACACUUGUGCGUGUUUUUCGAGCCAAUAAUUUGUUGACAAUUACGGAUGAGAGUGAUGAGGAUGAUAUUACACGGGUUGGUUCACUUGUUAAUACGUUGGGAUUGGUGUUGUUGGAUGUUCAUCAGAAGUGA